CUUUCCUUCCCUUGCAGGGGAACCUAUUUAAGUGUACCAAGGAUGCUGGCACGAGCAUCUUCAACGAGCUAGGCAGUGCUUAAUUCAGAAUAAUGGAGGAGAAGCAGCAGAACCAAAUCCCUAGAGUGAAACUGGGCAGUCAGGGAUUGGAGGUUUCUGAAUUGGGAUUUGGAUGCGCGGGACUAUCCGGAGCAUAUAACGCUCCUCUUUCUCAUGAAGCUGGAUGUUCAGUUAUUAAGGAAGCAUUCGAUAGGGGCAUUACUUUCUUUGAUACAUCAGAUUUCUAUGGGCAUAAUCAUGAUAAUGAAAUCAUGCUUGGCAAGGCUUUGAAGCAGCUUCCUCGAGAAAAAAUUCAACUGGCUACAAAAUUUGGGGUGUUCAGGUUACAAGGGGGUCAAUAUGGCGUAAGGGGAACCCCUGAAUAUGUACGAGAAUGCUGUGAAGCCAGUCUUAAGCGGCUUGACGUGGACUACAUUGAUAUUUACUAUUCACAUCGCAUUGACGUGAAAGUCCCAAUUGAGGAUACUGUAAGCAUCAAAACACUUUUUCCUAAUUUUUUCCUAUUAUGCCACUUCCAAUCCAUUACCUUAAUGUACAAGAUAACAUUCAAUUUUGAUUGCUAUUUUUGUCUGGAUUAUGCAAGGAAGAUGGGGGAGCUUAAGAAGCUGGUUGAUGAAGGAAAGAUAAAAUAUAUUGGGUUAUCUGAAGCUAGUGUUGACACAAUAAGGAGAGCCCAUGCAGUUCAUCCCAUCACUGCCGUACAAAUGGAGUAUUCCCUUUGGAGCCGUGAUAUUGAAGAUGAGAUUAUUCCACUUUGCCGGGAGCUUGGUAUUGGAAUAGUUGCUUACAGCCCUCUUGGUCGUGGGUUCUUUGGUGGGAAGGCUGUUCUUGAGAGCUUGUCCACUGAGAGUAUUUUGCCUAUGUUUCCGAGGUUCAUGGGGGAGAAUUUAGAGAAGAACAAAAGUCUUUAUAACAAACUUGCCAACCUGGCUGAAAAGCAUGCCUGCACUACUCCUCAAUUAGCUCUGGCAUGGCUUCUCCAUCAGGGUGACAAUAUUGUCCCAAUCCCUGGUACAACGAAAGUUAAGAACCUUGAUAACAACAUUGGUUCCUUGGCUGUAAAGCUGUCUGAAGAUGAUCUUAAGGAAAUUUGUGAUGCCGUGCACAUUGAUGAAGUUGUUGGCGAACGGGAAAAUGCCGCUCGUUCUGAACUUACUUGGAAGUUUGCAAAUACCCCAUCAAGGAAUAAUGCAGAAAUGGAUACAUAAUAUAAAGACUAUCCUGAUGAGUGAAAAGGAACCAUGAAGCCUACUGAAAUUUACUUGAGCUUUAUUAUUUGUUUAGUUGAGUUGAGUUGUUGUUGGGAACUUCAGAGCAUCUUUGUGGAACAAUUUCUUGUGUGUAAAAAUAAAAUUUGGUGUAUUGAUUCAGUUGCUAUUUUGAAA